AUGUUCAGGUUGCGUGCAACAUUCAAGGCUCGCUACUGGUUGUUCAUACUCGCUGCUCCCGUCAUGUUCUCUAGCUUUCGAAACGCGCUCGAAAAUUUAGCUCAAGUCCCACUCGAAAACCAGAUUGUCCGGAGGGGCUCUGAUCCCGUCUCCGCAGCUGGCCCGGGACGCGACCCACCCUCUCGAUCUGCAUCGUUGGACAUACAAGGCUCGCCUUCAUCACCUUCGCUACUAUCAUCCAGCCAUCUAGCUGAGUCUGCACUGCUGAACCUCCGUAAAUCUCUCGCGUCCAACCGUUCUGGAAGCCCCGGUCCGCCUGGUCGGCCCAAGAGCCCAGCAGUCGCCACGUCGGUUUCGGAUGGAGCUAUUCGACCAGCGAAAUCGCGACUAGAGGAGAGACUUCGAGCAAGCUUCACUGUCGGGGACAUUUCGUCGAGGGGCAGCACAGAGAACUCUACUAGAGCAACUCCUUCGCCCGCACCGGCCAGUGACCCGUCUGAAGUCGUGCCAACAGCCAUACCCCUCCCAGAUUCACUUCCAGUCUCGCCGUCGCUGGCGUCCGAACAGCCUAGCGUCUCAGAGUCCCUUCAUCUCACAGAUAGCAAGAUCCCAGAGCAGGCGCAGGAUCCUUUGGAGGUCUCGACGGCGGAAGGUACGACAGAAGAACACCAACCCGAGGCUGGUAUACCACUACCUGAUGGUGCAGAGGGGAGCCAUGAAAGCGCUGACACGGAGCUAAAUGAGGAGGACGUGUUACCUCCCCAUCCGGAGGAACCGUUGGCGAAGUCACCCCCUUUAACCGACAUUCCAGAGCUUCAGCCUGCCGUACUCGAGGAGCGACUCGAACCCUCUCCGCCUCCAUCUCAACUUGACGCAACAUCCGAUUCCGUCAUCCCGCCUCCGGAAGCAGAAACACCCAGUAACGAUUCUGCAAUAGAACCACACACACUAGAUGCAACUAUUGAAGUGGCUCCCGGGGAUGUCGAGCUACCCUCUGAAGAACGUACUUCAGCAGAUGAGACUCCUCUUCAAGUCAAUGGGCACGUCACUGAGUAUUCUUCAAGCACCGACGACGUAAUUCAAGAGCAAUUGCGGCAACUCGAGCGGCGCUUCGCAGAGGUUACAGAAUCUUUUAAGAAGUUGCAAUCGGAGAAGGACGCUGCUGACAAUCUUGUCCGUACGCUGACCCCUCUAGAAGGCUUGGAGGAUCUAGAUACCUUCAAAGACUACCUACAAAGUUUGAUACUGAAAGUCGAGAUAUCCGAGGAUGAUAUCAAGCGUUUGAAUGGCAAACUCUCCAGACAGUCCGAUCGUAUCGACGAGCUACGUGAUACCCACCGACUGGAGUCUCAUUCACAAUCCGAUCAAAUUGAGCGACUUCGCAAACAAGCGGCGGAAACCGAAGCACUGCUCAAGGCGUCGCAUGAUGCAGCCGCUCAAGCGGAGAGUGAGAACGCUAGUACACGAACGGAGUUGGAGACGUUGAAGAAAGAAUUGGAGCGUACUCGGGGUUUGGCAAAGGAAGAAGAGGAAAAGCGAGUGAAAGCGAUCAGUCUGUUGAAGACGGUGAGACAGAAGUUGGUGAAAGCGGAGAAAGACCGAGAUGAGGCUCGGGGUGAACUGGCCGCUGUUAGGGAGAGGGAGAAGGGCGAUAGGGACAAGGAGGAGGCAGAAAGGAGUAGACUUCAGAAGGAGAUCGACUCUGUCAAUGCCGAAAGGGAAAGAGCUGUUGCGGGGCUCAAGGGUGACAAGGAGGUCGCUGGAGUAAAAGAACGGUACGAGAGGGAGAUAUCGGCUCUCAAAGGCCAAUUUGAACUCGAAGCCAUUUCGACAAAGAGCGGAUACUCGAAGGAACUUUCCUCCAAGGAUGCUCAAAUAUCGACUCUCGAGAAAUCUGUCAAUGCUCUUUCAAAUGACAAGAACAACUUAUUUGAGCAGAUGCAGCUUCGUCAGGCCGAAAGCGAAUCCCUACAAUCCCAUCUAGAGUCUCUACAGAGCCAGAACGCUGAGCUCCAAUUCCAGCUCCGAGAAGCCAAUGAUCGUCUGGCGUUGCUGAGCGAAAACCUAGCAGAAGCGCGCCAUGAGCAAGAUGCGAAGGCUCAAGCACCCUUAGCCUCGUCCGAAGAAGUCGCCCGACUCUUGUCUGCCACGCAAUCCAAGUACGAGACCAAGCUUGCGGAUAUGCGUAAAGAUCUUCUGGCAACAGAGAAGGAGAGGAAUGACGCAGAGGCUGACUGGAGCCGUAAGCUGCGGGAGAAGACACGCGAAGCGGACGAGCUGAAGAGAGUCCUGGCGUCCUCUGCAAAAAACCGUGAAGAGAGCCAAGCGACCGUUGAUGGCCUGGCGAGCCAAAUUGACCAGUUGAAGCAGGAGAUUCAACAGUAUAAGAGACAGGUCGUGGAGUUACAACACCAGGCAACAAGUGGCAGCGAUCAGGAGAAUAAUCUCAAGGAUACCAUCAACGAGCUGAAGACCAAGGUUAUGGCUCUCGAGCGCAACGCCGAGGAAAACUCAAAGCGAGAGACUCACCUCAAGGCUACGAAUAAGACGUUACGUGAGGAACUUCGCAAGGUUCAGUCAUCUGCUGCACUUCUAGAACGCCAGAGACACCCGGGAGUUGGUUACUGGUCCAGACAAGACUCUUCUUCAACGGAGUCCCGAACCUCCGUAUCCUCAGAAACACCCUCCCGGACUACGUCGCCCGCGCCGUCGCAAUCGAAAAGUGACGAAGAAGUCAAUCUGGAAUACUUGCGAAACGUUAUUCUACAAUUCCUUGAACACAAGGAAAUGCGACCUAAUCUGGUCAAGGUCCUGUCUAUCAUAUUACACUUCACUCCACAGGAGACACGGCGCCUCGUUGCCAAGGUUUGA